ACAAUGUGCAGUUCAAAUUGUUUUUACAGUAAAAAAAAAAGCACAUGACGACCCCUUUCGAUUUAUCUGAAGGGAACACAAACACAAUAUUUCGUCAAAUUCCCGGCAGUAAAUAGUUAACUGUGCCAUGACACAUGUGCACGAGGGAGGAAAGUCCAGCAUUACGGCUUUGGUUAUUUACAAGAGGUCAUAGCGAGGCUCCAGAGCUGGUUUUCAGUAUUAAAGUAAGUGGACAUAUUGGCUCCAGCUCCCCCCAUGACCCUCAAAGGAUAAGUGGAAUAAGGAUGGAUGGAUGGAUUGAUGUAUGGAUGGGGUAGGCGAACAUGGUCUUAAUCAAACAUAAAAUGCUAACAAAAUCAACAAAGUACCUGACGUGGCAGGUAAAAAUACCAAAAGAGACAAAUUCAUAAGAAAUAUGUUAAGUAUAUUUUAACCUAUGUUUACAGAGGGUAAGUUUAAAUGUUUGUAGAGUAUAUUUAAAUAUUUCAACAGUAGUUACUUUACAUGAGUACUGACACGCAAAGCCAGAUUUUCAAAUGCACGCCGUAAGUGAGCAUUGUCCCACAGCCAACAAGCCCAUAGAGAGAAUUCAGAUUCAUAUCUUUGACUUCAAAGUUCGUUUCAUUGUUGAAGGCGAUUGAUCACAAGUUCUUGCGAGCCCAGAGAAAUGAUUUCCUGAGGGUAAUCAGUUUAAGCAUGUAAUUGGACAUUAAAAUUCUGAAAAACCGCACACUGAUUUCAAAUGAAGUCAUUUCCUGCUGGCUGUGUUACUAAAGCUUGACUCUGCAAGCUGUACUAAGUGACCUGGGGGCGAGUGCAAUCUUAACUGGAUCAGAGACAGAAGCUGUUUAUUUAAGAAGCCCCUCUCUUCUCUCUGUCAGCACUUUAACCUCAUCCACGUUGCCAUAACACACAGUCAAAACAAUCAUGUUUAAGUGCUGAUUAUAUCAUGAACACAUAUUUUUAGAGUAAUGUCAGUCAGUUGAUUGGUGAUUCUCUCAGUUGUGCGAAAUCAAACUGUACUUUGUGUUUUGUGAUGAUGGCAAACGUUUGUAUGCUAAAACUAAAAUGGUGAGCAUGGGAAGUGUUACAGUCUAAUCAACAUAAAUCAGUAAGUUAAUUAAGUGAGUGAUGAUAUUGUUAGCUUGUUAGCAUGCAGAGCUAAUAGCGCACCUGCUCCUUUGACUGCACCCUCACAUCCUAUAUGCUAAUAGUGUAUUUAAACAUCCCCUCAGGCAUGUUUUGGAAACACAGACUAUACUUUGAAUAAUAAUGUGUGACUCUAUAGUGCUGAAUUUAUUUUCCUGUUAAAAGGUUUGACAAUAUUUUAUUGUGUCUGGAAUAAAAAUUUAAAUCAAUUUUAUCUGCCCUUAAAUAUGAGUAUGUUUUUUUUAUCUAAUUUUGUUCACUUUUACUAUUUCUAUUUAUUGUUUUCCAGAAAAUAGCUUAAAUAUUGUUAUAGCUUUUUUCUGGUAUUUCAUUGAGAGCAUUUGUAUUUGUGUAGUCUUAUUAUUGUCGUCACUUGUGAAGCACUGACUUGUAUGAAAGGUUCUUGAUUGAUUGUUUGCUCGCAGAGGGAACUGUGUUAUACAAAUUAAAUUUAAUUUAAUUCAAUGUAAUUUUCUCCAAAGAAAAAGGUGCUAUUAGCUGGAUAGAAAUUCAAAAAAUGACCCAUAUGCUUAAUCCUGCAUUGAAAAAAAAAUUCCAGAUGAUUUUGCCCUUGAUCUUAAAUCCAUUAUCAUUGUGUUUGCAAUGCAAUGGAAACUUCACAUCACGCCUGUGUAAGUUGCUGAUUGGCCCAGGAUUGGCGUCCACUGGUGAGCAUUCCUGCUCACAGACCUGCGAUUUUAUAAGAGAAGAAAACUUUCCCUCCAGCUGAUGAAAGUGAAGAGUCUUCCAGUGCCGAGUGUACGGACGUCAUUCUACACAAUGAAGCUUGAAGAUCCAAUACAAUGACCAAAUUUUUUUUUUAAUUAGUGGGGGGAGGUAAAUAAAGCUUUAAAGUCCCCCCACACCCAUAGGAAAAGAUUUCAUCGAAAAUGUACUCCUGUUCACACAACGAAUGACACAGCGACUGUCCCUGUUGGACUGGUUCAAGUUGCUGCCUGUACUGUGUUGUAUUAUUUAUAGAGUGAUUUGUAAUCUUCUAUCAAAGAUUAUGUUGUGGCAGCUGGUCUGAGAGAUGUUGAAGUGACUGUGCUGGAGCAUCGCACAUCCAGUCACUCAGGCUACUGGGAUCCUACAUGUAAUCAAGCAGAGGCCAGGUUGUACCUGUUCAGUACUGUGCGGACUAGAAGUCUCAAAGAGGCCUCAGCCGUUUGUGUAUGAUAUGACCUGGGGCAAAAAAGAGAAUGGAAUAUGACCGGUGUGCCAGCCACGGUCAAAGCCACGUGCAAAAGCCAAGGCCAUCGGCUGGAAAAACUCGAACGCCCCAAGAGAGGAUGGAUGCAUUAUCCCCCCACUCAUACUGUAAAACAGUCACCUCUCAUUAGCUCUAUGUAUCUGUAUCUCUCUCGGGCUCUUUUUUCCAUCGUUGUCUCUUUCAUUCAUUCUGCAGCUCUGUUCCAACACACAGAGAGCAGGAGUGAGACGGUUGUUAGUAGUUUGGAAACUUGCAAGUGUGAAAGAUGAAGUGAAGAAAAAGGUCCUUAUACAAGGUUGAAGGUUUACGUCCCUUGUGUAAAGAGUUAAAUUUAAAAUCGUGAAGCGUGGACUGAAUGUGAGAGUUCACGAAGAAUACAUAACGGCCUGAGAGAUGCUUGGGGGGGUUGAAGAACAAGGGGGGAAUAAAAUGAGUGGGAGGAGAAACGUGGGAGGAAAGGAUGAGAGAGGAGGGUAAAACGCUGCUGCAGACUGUACUUGAAUCUCUAGGGGAAGUGCUUGUGCAUGCGACAAGAACUGCAAGCCAUGCAGAGGGUGACCGGAGGAGAGGAGGGGGGGGCAGUGAAGUGGGGUAUGGAGGUUGAAUGCCGAAAGAAUGAGAGAGAGAGAGAAAGAGAGAGAGAGAGAGAAAAGCGGAGGAGGGAGAGAGGAGGGAGAGAGGGGGGAGAGAGGGGGGAGGCGGAAUCACAGGGACAGAGAGCUGGAGCCGGUGAGAGGCUCUGUGCUGAUUGUGUGCUCCAGCAGGAUGAAUGAUGAAACGACCACAGCUCCGCUUUCUGCUUCUCUGGAGGAUUUUAACCGGACUUUACACCCACUUUAACACAGGAUUGUUUUAUCCACCUGUCUAUGCACAACUGCUCUAUGGUCCAUGACGGUGGAAACGCAGGACAGUUCCUCAGCACAGGACAUGGUCUCCUGAGCAGCCAGUCCACCGACACAUCCCAGGAAUAAACCAGUCAGUGUAUCCUGGGCCAUGACUGCUCUGCUUCACAACGUCAGCGGCCCAGGUAGCACAGCGGUUCUGCUGCCGAUCACCGACAGCCCAUUCAACCUGACCACAGCGACUCAGGCAGGACCCGGGUCCGGCCAUUCACUGGCUCCUCUCUGUACCCUGUGUUGCUGUGGGUUUGUCAACCGUACCUUGGCAGUGGUAUUCAUGGUCAGCCUGGCAUUUGCCAUUGUGGUUGGAAAUGUGGUCACGCUUACUGUCUUUGUGCAAACAAGGCAGUCGAGAACACCACAGGGUUACUUGAAAGUGUCUUUGGCCAUAGCAGACAUGAUGGUCGGUGUCCUCGUCGUCCCUUUCUCCGUCUACACUGAAAUCUCUCUAAUGGUGACGAGCUCUCUUCCCAUUUGGUACCAGGGUAGUUCCACUUCCCUGGACUCCUCCUCCCUCGGCGGAAUAGUGAGCCCCUGGCAGCCCUGCCUGCUAAUUGGCCCCGUGUUUGCCGGAUGCACGUUUGUCUCCAUUAGCACCAUCUUCCUCAUGACGUUGGAGCGAAGCGUUGCCAUCUUGUGGCCGCUCCAAAAGGAUGCCUUGGUGACUCGGAGGCGGACUCUGCUCCUCAUCCUGCUCUCUUGGGGGGCGAGCUUCCUGCUUGCUCUCGCGCCGCUCAUCUUCAGCAGUAACUUCAUUCUGGAGUACAAUGAGUGCAGUCGAAUGUGUAACUACACACCUCUAUUGCUUGGAGGCCAGCUGCCACCCGAUGCCUACAUUUUGCUGCUGUUCCCAACGUUUGACUUCACGCUGCUCGGUGGCACGUUAGUGGUUAAUAUUUUGUCCUUCACAAGCAUUCAACGGUACUCCCGAAAACGCAAACUGCUCUCAGAGGGGAGUCUGAGUGAUGGAGGAGGUGGCGGUGGCGUAGGAGGCUGCCCUCACAGGCCUUCUUUCUCCGACAUUAAAGCUGCCAAGACGAUUGGCAUACUGACCUUUGCCUUUACAGCAUCCUUCUCUCCCAUCGCAGUGUUUGUGCUCGGGAACGUGGUGGGAUACACCUGGUGUAACUUUUCCUUUGUUGCCUUCUGGAUCCUCACAGGAAACAGCUGCUGCAACGUGAUCAUCUACAGCGUCUGGGACCACCGCUUCAGGAAGGGUGUGACACUACUCUUUAAGCGAGACCACUCCCCCCCACAUGGCGAGAAGUCUUGAGAGAUACAUGAAUUGAUUCAUCGGCAACAGGUUUACGGUUUUGUGGCUGUUUUCCAGUAAGUUUGAUUUUAAUUGAAUAGGUUGACAUUUUGAGGAAUGCAUAUUCAUUCACUUGGCGAGAAAAAGAAGAUCCUCUCUCUAUGUUUGUACGGAAAAUAUGAAGCUGGAGUUUGGGCUGCCUAACAUGGCUCGGUCACAUAGAUUGUAUGUAAUGAUGGAUGACGCGUCUUCACUUCCAGAUGUGAAGCCAAAAUAUCCCAGCUAUGAACAGCGCCAUCUUGUAGAUUUGAAACGAAAGUCUAUGCAGUAGUGAUUAGGGUCUGACCUCUGAAGCAACGUCCCUUCAAUACAUGUAAUUGAUUCUAUUGGCAGUACUCAAUCAUUAUAUUUCACCUUGUAUUUAUUUAAUUAAAUAAGUAUAUAUUUAAUAAAUUAUUAUAAUUACCUUAAAUGACAGAAACCAUCUCUGAGAAAAACAUGUAUUUAACAUGUUCUUUGAGUUUUUAGUUUGGUCCAUUUCCCAUCCACUAACAUUGAAUAGGCGAGAUUUACUACCUAUACUUCAGCCAGCCACCAGGGGGUGAUCAAGAUGCUUUGGCUUUACUUUGGAGGAAGUGUCAUGUCGUCCAUCUUUAUAAAAUCGAUAUGCUCUGCUCUAAAGGUAACAAAAUCCUGCUUCAACAAGCAUACAGCCUUUGUGCUGAGCUAAGCUAUGCUAAGCUUACCUAUGCUAAGCUAACCUUAUUAAGUGUCCAUCCACGAGAGUCAUCUAAGUCUUGUUGUUUAUCGCUUGGCCAGAAAUUGAAAUGAGCGUAUAAUCAAAACAAGUAAUUUAAACAUGAAAGUAUUGAACUUUGUGUCUAAAAACUAUAAAUAGAAGGCAGAUUUGUUACCUCCAUCCACAUUUAUCUCAGCUCAAAGAAACCAGUACUGUAUCUAUGCACGUCAUGAUGAAUCAGCUUUCAGGAUCUGACCAAACACACAUACUGUAGAUAUAAAGGGAAAGAGACACUUUCUGAACUGCAGGUAUUUGUAACAACUCUACUGCCGCAACAAUCUACAUCCUGUCCUCAUCGUCCUGCCUCCGUCUGGAAUCAAACCUCUCUCCAGAAGAUUUACAAGUGACAAUGCUUUUCAAUAACUUCAGGACUAAAUCCACAGUCUCUCCAGAAGGUUCAUGGACAAACACAAUAACCGUUUAUACUCUUUUCAGGGUAUAAUGUAUUUGUAACAUGAAAUUAUCAUAUCUGUGUUUCAGCUAUAAGUCUUGUGUACUGUUUGGAAAUCUGUAUUGUACAAUUUGACAAUAUAAUGAUUAUAUGCAUGAGGCCGAGGGGCAUUUCACAUUGUUAAGUAGGUAUAUUUCUAUUCAUGAUUAAAAUGUUUGCAUUUCAAGAAUUGCUGUGAUAAUUGACAGACCUUUGAUGUGGUAAUGAUUCAGCAACUGCAUCAACAAAAAGGAAAAAAUUCGGUUGUCUUGCCAUUGCUUUCUCAAAAUUUUUGUUUUUGUUUUGUGAAUAUAAAAAAUGUAUUGCUAUCGUUCUAUUGACAUGAUAAAACAAUAUGUCCUGUUUACCAUGAAGUGCCCAUUAAAGGAACAUUUUUAAAUUUUAGAAAAUGUGCUUAUUUGCUGAGAAUUAGAUGAAGAGAUUGAUUUGAUCUCACAUUUGCCCUUUAAAGAUUGGGUUGGUAAUUCUGGAAAGCUUAGAUAAUGCAGGCUAAACUUUGACCCUGUUGCCGAAGCCAUGCUCAUAUGAACUUGCACUGCCUGACAACUGCUGGAAGCUGACUUUUGACUCACAGGCUAACCUAUGGCCCUCUUCCCUACUUCAGCUGGUAUGUCUCUACAGCUGAAGACUCCGGUCUUGCACAGUGAGAGCACGGGCAGGCAAAUAAGAUAUCAGGUGGUUUAAGAACAAAUCAACAACCCUACCUUUAAGUAUGAGACUCCAGCCAAUAGGCAACUGGUUUAAUUUAGCAUAAACACUGCUAACAAGUCAAAGUUAAACUAAAAGUGCAAUGCAAAGUCCUCCUUCAACCAACUUACAGCCUUUGUGCUAAGCUAAGCUAUGCUAAGCUUUACCUUAAUAAAUUUAGUUAACAUAGCUUAGGUGGUGGAUGCAAACAGCUUCAUGAUUGCAUCCACCACCUCAGCAAUAAUCUGAAUAAGCACAUUUCCUCCAAUCUGUCAUUCUAUUCCCUAAAAAACUACUGACUGACAAUCCAGUGCAUGUCCAUUGUAGCAUUUUGUAAUACCAAGGGUGCUGUGAUUUAAUAUAUGUUGAUCAACAACAAACAUCAGGGAAUUUAAUAGUCAACAAAAAAAGAAAAUAUCUUAAUGUGUCAUGGGUGAACUUCACAGAAUGAAUGAUUAUCUCACAUUUACAAACUUGCAGCGUUUUUCCACCAAAGACGGUCGCAGUCAUUGAAAUCUUCAGCAUCUUAAUGAUCGUUGGUGAAUAAUUGAUUCUCCCUGUGCUGAUAUUGAAUCAUUGUACAGAGUUGUAUCAGUUGUGCAUAAUUCAUGAGUGGCAAUUGCAUCAGAUUUGGUCAUAAUAAAUGUGUUUGGGAACAUUU